UCAAUUAUCAUUGGAAUUUUCUGUUAGAUUCAGGUAAAACCAUCACUUUGAAAAUUUCUCUAUUUGGUUGCUCUCUCUCUCUCUCUCUCUCUCUCUCUCUCUGUUUCUUUCUUUCUACAUCAAGCAAUUCAAGAACCUGUUUGUCUUCUUUCUUGGCUUGCUCUUAUACAUUUCUCAUUAAUCACUGACAAAUCCUCUUGUUCUUGGUUGUGGCAUCAAGAAAUAGGAUCUAAGGGUUCAAAAAGCUAUUUUCGAUCAAAAUUUGUUGAAAAUAGUGUCUCUUUUGUGGUUUUGUUGUAAAGAAUCACUUUCUUGAUCUGGGUUCUUGGUGUUCUGCACUUUGAUAUGGUUUUCCAUUGAUAGUUGCUACUUUUCAGUGUUCUUUGCUGGGAAUUUUUGUUAAAGAGGCUUAAAAGAGAGGAUAUCUUUGAUCUUUUGGAGAGGUUUUUAGCCAUAUCUCGACGAUUAGAAUGAAAUUUUGAGGUGGGUUUUUGGUGAAGUGAUUUAUCAAUGGCUGGAGAAGAUCUUAUUGAGCUCAAAUUCAGACUUGCGGAUGGUACUGAUAUUGGGCCAAGCAAAUAUAGUCCAGCAACCUCAGUGCUAACUCUGAAAGAGAAGAUAAUUUCCCAGUGGCCAAAAGAUAAAGAAACUGGUCCUAAGACUGUAAAUGAUGUGAAACUCAUAAAUGCUGGAAAGAUACUGGAAAACAACCGAACGCUUGCUGAGUCCAGACUUCCAGUCAGUGAACUUCCAGGAGGUGUCAUAACCAUGCAUGUAGUUCUGCGUCAUCUCAUGCCUGACAAAAAUAGUGACAAGCUGCAUAAAGAUCCUUCGAAGAAGACGGGGUGCUCAUGUUCAAUCUUGUAGUUCCAACUUUUGAGAAACCAUAUAUUUUUUCAGAACUCUGCAUCAAGUUGUGUCGGAAAAGAUUUGACUGUGUUUUAGGUUCCUUGUUUCUAGUGGUCUUGGAAACAAAAGCAUGAAGGUCUGCGAGCAAAAUUCACUUGGUUUUUUUCUUUGGUUUCAUUCGAAAAUUACUCCGUAGCUCCUCUGUUAGUUAAGUGCAAAAAGGAUGAUACUUGAAUUGGAAAGUUCAGUUGAUCAAGAAGGUUUCUUCUACCAACCAGAAAAAGAAGAAAAAAAGGAACAAAAAGGAGAAAGAGGAAAAACUAAAAGGCAGUUACAGAAAAAAAAAUUAUUGGUUUGUUUUGAUUUUGUUGUCAUUAGAUUGCGUAUAAAAAGAUACAGAACAUGACUCUCAUAUGACUAGUAAAGUUUGUUGGCCUUAACUUCGUCAAUUUCGUUUGAUUACGUUCUUGCUGCUUCUGAAAUGGUACCGGUUUCUGUUUCAAAUAUA